AACAUCGAAUGUUCGAAUCGCACAGAGGAACAAUCACUUCUCACCGUCGCCGAACGACGUAAAUUCGACUGCUAUUCGCUCGAACCCGCGAGCGAUUUCUGCUCCCCGAAAUGUUCAACGUUUCGGUUAAAAAUCUCUUCUUGUUCGCCCAAAAACGCUCUCUGGCAACCUUGGCCGCGCUCCUUGAACCUCCGAAAUCGUCUUCGUGCUCUUCGUCGCUCUUCGUCGCCGUUGAUUGAUUGUCUCGUGAAAUCGCUCGAUCUUCCUUUGGAAUCUGCUGUUUCCAUCUCCCAGAGACUCCGUGCCCACCGAAAUGGCGUCGAAAGAGCCGAUUCCGUUAUUGGGUUCCUGCGUUCCUCCGGAUUCGGCAAAGCGCAGAUCGCGAAAUUGGUCACCAAUGGACCGGCGCUCCUCCUGUCGAAUGUGGAAUCGAAUCUCAAGCCCAAGUUGGAGUAUUUCCGCGAGAUUGGGUUAUCACAAUCGGUCUUGCUCGGUACCAUAGCUGGGAACAGUAAGUUCUUUGGUAGAAGCUUGAAUUCGUUCUAUAAGCCGCAGAUUGAUUUCCUCAAGAAGUAUCUGAGGACCUCCAGCGCCUUGGAUAUUGCGAUCAAGCGCUGUUCUUGGCUUUUGACUGUCGACCGCAGAUAUACUUUGGAACCUAAUAUCAAUCUCUUGAUGAGGGAGGGAGUGAGAUUCGAUGAUGUAGUGAUUCUGAUGCUCUAUCAACCUAAGACAUUAGUGAUGAAGGUUGAGAAGAUGGCUGCUUUUGUUGAAUCCGUUAAAGGUCUUGGAAUGGAACCGUCCUCGCCAAAAUUCAUACACUGUCUCAGGGUGAUGUCGUCAUUGAAGGAGUCGACUUGGCGUGAGAAGGUAGAGAAUUUCAAGAGUUUGGGUUGGUCCCAAGAGGAGUUCCGGUCCACGUUUGCUCGUCGCCCGCUCUGUUUGUGUCUUUCCAGAGAGAAUAUUAGGAGGAAAGUGGAUUUUUAUCUAAAUACUGCGUCGAUAGCUCGGAAGGUUAUUGUCAGUCAGCCUUUACUUCUUGAAUAUUCAGUUGAGAAGAGGCUUUGGCCAAGGCACAGUGUGAUUAUGGUCCUGCGGUCCAAGGGUCUCCUUAAAAAGCAGAAUUCCAUUGUAAUACCAUUUUCACUAUCUGAGAAGUCGUUCUUGGAGAAGUACGUGAUGAAGCACCUGGAACAAGUUCCGCAUCUGAUGGAGAUAUACAGGGCAUCUGCUGCCACGUGAAGAGUUAUCUGGUAGAAAAUCAGUGACUUCAAUUUAUCGCUUGCCCACAAGUUGAUUGUUGGAUUGUCAGCAAUGUCUAUCUUGAUCAGAAGCUUGGUUGAAUGUUCGCAUCAAAGCAGGAGGGUAAUUGAGACUUCCGAUUUACUUGCGGCAUCUAUCUGGUGAUUCCCCUGCCGGUUGAAUCGCACAGGGUUUCAAGAAAGGCGGUAUGAUUAACUGCUCUCUGCUGUUGAAGAAAUGCACUGCAUCUGAAUCUGCUAACAUCAUGCUCAGGACACGUCUGUCAUGAGGGCAUGCUUGUGAAUGAGAGCUCACGGCAGUCUCCAAGACGAUGCCCUGUUGAAGGACAAGAUGUAAGAACUCCAUUUUCUUUGGUUGAUUCAAGGAGAAACUGUGUCAUUAUGAGGUUUCUUGCAAUGCAGUCGACUCGCCCAUGAAAGGGGAAACCCAUUGUGGCAUUCCCUGCAUUGUUGUGUAUCAGGCAUGAUUAACGUUCAACAAUAGCCAAUCUGCUUAUGAACUCGUGCUUUUUGAGGGCAUAGCCAGCGUUCUCUGCAGUCACAAAUUCACAAUCCACCAAAACCUUCACCAUCACCUUCCACGCUAGAAGAAGAGGUCCAUCCCAUGUCCAUUUGUUCACAUCCACCUGAGCUGAUUGCCAGGUUGGGGAUCCUGUCUGCUCAAUGGCAGCUUGAUAAAUAACUGUCGUGUCAAUCUGGGAUGCAACUUGAAAUAACCUGUGGUGUUGUCUAUGAAUGAGGCGUGGGGCAGUAUGCUAACGAUGAUGUAAGUCGCUCCAGUUGGCUGUAGUAAUUGGAAUUUGGAAAUUUUUGGAUGCUCGCUCUUUUCUGGCAUUUUUAUGGGGGAAAAGGUGGUAAGUGAAGAGAUCCAACAUUGGUUAUCAUUGGCAAUGCAAAGUUUUCUAAGUUCACAGUUGAUACGUUCCUUUGGGCUUCAGCAGUGGGGAGGCCCUUGAGAAUGGCAAAGAAGUUUUCUGGGAUGCCUAAAUUGCAUGAACUUAGAAGGGUUUCUCGUGAAACACUCAAGUCUAAACACAUGAAGGAAAUGUUACUCCCAUGCUCGAUGUAAUGCAUUGUUUUGCUAAACCACACCUUGUGUAUCACGAGUUUUAUGUAUUUGUCUGCCUUCAGAGACUCGAUGAAAAUUGCUCUUGCAACUGGGGAGAAAGAUUGUAUUUCUUGUUGCAGGAUCCAUGAUUGAACAUGGAGGGUACUGGUGCACAUGUUAUGGAGACUCGGAAUUCUGCACGACAUUUUCUUCUGUAGCGAUAUGAUCAGGACUUCUACAUUCUAUUGAAUCUUGAUCACUGAUCACAAACAUGCUGAUGGACCUGCCUCCAUAGAAUAUAUUGAUCCAUGAAAGGUAUGCUCAGGACAUGCUCUGAGGCUGCAUGGUUGAGUUCUCAUUGAUAGUUCAAAUCCAUUGUUAGACUGAAAAGAAUAUGGCCCAACCUAGCCUACUUAGCAUUAAGCGUCAUUUUUCCAAGCCAGCGGCUGUAUAUGGAAGGGAGAUGAAAGGUUGGAGAUAAACUGAUUAAUGAAGGUUGUUUUGAUUUGUGAACAAGUUGCUUGUUUGCUUCUCA